AUGCCGUUGCUUGCGGAGCGUCCGCGCUCAUCGCAAGAGGCGCUCCUCCGCCUCGAGAAGGGCACCGACAAUUCCACCACGCAGAUAUUCGAAGCGGCACAGAUUCUCGGUAUUGAUUUGUCACUGUGUGACAGUCAUCCGGAAGUCCACCGACAUGCUCAGAUCCCAACAAACGCUACGCCGAAGGAGGAAUGGGUACUGCGAUGGCUCUUGAAGAGACUGAGGAGUGGGAAGAACUAUAGAGUGGAUGCGGCUUCAUUCCUUUUGCUACGACAACUCUCCGACUUGAUCUCGCCAAAGAACCUUGCUUCUAUCCUUAAGGAUCAGAAAUUCUUAUCUAUCCUAAGUGAUACCCUCGAAGACUUGGAGACCGACAUCUUUGCUGCUCUGGGAAACCAGAGUGCUACUCUAAGCUCCGAUCCCGAAUCCAGCGGCACAUUGUCUGGAUCAUCGUCUCGAGAUGAUCGUCGCUCAAGUCAGGGAAAGAAACGGAAGAGGGUGACGACCGAGAAUGAUGUGGAUGCCAUGGACGUGGACGAGCAGCGACAAAACCCCGCAGCUUGUUUCCUCACUUUCCUCCGCGCUUUGGACUGUUUACACGGAUUUGUGGCUCUUGCCCAGCGCACACUAGGCACUGAUGGUGUGGCAAAUUCUCAUUUGAAGCUUGCGCUGCGGGGAGAGCCCGAGGCCGUUGCCAUGCUGCUUGGCCGAUCACUACGCGUGGCCGCCGUCGCCGCCAAGCAAUUUUCACAUGAGGGGAAAACCACCGAUCUUCAGCACCUGCUGUACGUAUUCCCCGCAGCAGUGGAGCUGUGGGAGUCGAGGUCAUACCGCCAAGAUGAUGCGGAGAACAACACCAGCAACGAACUUUACGGAAGACAUUGCUUUGCCCAUGCGCUUAGGUUACAGAUUUGUCUUCGCUCCGCCAAGCUCGACACUGAUGAGCGAGCCCAUUUGCUGCAUGCCACCGAGCGUAUCAACGCCCUUCAUGUCUUGCUUCCUGCUCGUGCUGCGUUCUUUGACAGCGGAAGCACUGGCAUUGAUUACUCCAAGGAUGUACCCGACUGGAGCUCGGUCAAACCAGUGACUGAUACAUUCAGACCUAUCAUUCGUGAAUUUGCUGUCGCUAAGGAAAACAAAGCAAGCCACGAAGCUCGUGUUCAUCCCUGGCGAUCAGUGGAGCUCCUUCCCGAGCUGUUCGACAACGCUGUGCGUGCUGUUCCGAGGGACGUUUUCCGAAGGCAGACCCACGAAGCUCCCUGGCUGGAGACUUUGUUCGUCGCUGUUGCAGAGCUGGCUUUCUCCACUGCACAGGAAGAAGACGCCGCCACAUUUUCUUCCCAAUUCAUCGAUGUAUUGGAGCAGCUCCUCCAGAUAGCUCUUGACCGAAAGGUCGGUCUCUCUCUUCACACCAUUCUGGCACAUGCCAACUAUACUGGUCUUUUCGAGCAAGAAUUGGAGAAAGUCCAGUGGAAUGUGGCGGCUCUGUUCAUCGGCCUCGGAGUUGAUAUCUUCCUGCCAAACUCCGGUUUGCGUGAUUCGCGUAAGCUUCUUGAUGCAUUGCUCGAUAAGAUUUUAUUACAGUGGCGCGAAAGUGGAUCCCACGGACAGAAGGACUACGAUACCAUCAAAAGCAAGGUUGUGCUGCCGCUGCUGCGGGGUUUCGCCGGAGCCAGAGAUCUGCCCACCUUCAUGGAGUUGUGGCACAAUCAACUCAUUAUUGUGGAGAAGGCUCGCCAGAAUGACAGCAAUCUGAGUCCGUUCUCGGUUUGGGAGGACGACGACCUAUUGGAUGUUUACUCGGAGCUGAUGCGGACAUCCCUCGCCGAGACCCACGUCGCUGCCCAGAUGCGUACCACUGCCAGCGAGACCCGAGCGGAUACUGGCAAGGUCGCUGAUACCCCUCAAUCUUACGCGAAGUUUGUCAUCGCUGAGGCAAGCUUCCGUGGCCGAGUCUCGCCGUUCCCAGAAUCGGAUAAGGUCUUGGCAACUCUUCUGGAAACGAUUACCUCCACUCUGUCGUCAAAGAAGGCUCUGCACUGGCGAUGGCGCUUGUGGCGGUUGGUCCGAAAUUUCCUAAAGAACACACUGCAGUCAGCCGAUCAUACUAUGACAGCUGGGAUCAUGUCAUUGGUAGAAGUCGCCGCGAAGACCAUCCAUCGCAACCACAAGGACUUGAGCAAAGUCCAGCUUGCUUCGCUCGAAUCCCUGGAAGCCUACCGGUUUUCCCUUGCUGCGGUCAAGGCACAGGCUAAUGGUGAACACCUAAGCCCAUUCGUUAAAGCCACCAAGGACGUCACAGACCUCAUCAUCUCCAUAUCGACCAAGGAUGCCAAGAAGUCAAUGAAGGCCCCCUGGAAUGGCCGGAUAGAUACCGUGGAUUCUCCAACGACCCUUGGCCUAGCUUAUUUCCUGGCUCUUGUCAGGAUACCAGGAGUGUGGAGUCUCAUUCCCUCCGAUGAUCGAUCACGCCUGUUCCAGCAGAUCCUGUCCCUGGCAGCUGCUCAAUACCAGUCCUCUGCUUUGCCUUUGGAGGCCGCUGCAGAAGAAGCAAGAUUCCUCCAGGCGUGGGCCAGUGUGGUCUGCCACGAAUAUAUGCUCAAUGCUCACUUUAUUGUCUCUGACCUUUCUCUUCUUCUCAAUGAGAGCAUCGAGCAAGAUUCUGCCAACCGCCGACUCCUUGUUGAGAGCUUACAGAGAAUCCCAGCCCCCUUGAUCACCCGAGGACUGAGAACCAACAUCUUGAACAAGCUGCAGAAUGUUUUACUUCAGCAGGACAGUUCUCCCGAAGUCAUGGUCGGGAUACUCACGAUGAUGGCGAAGCUGGCUGCCAUGCCUAAAUGCGAUGCCGCACUGACUAGCGACUGGGAACCUAUCUGGACUGCUGCUCGGGCUGUACCAUUGGAAGGUAGCGACCUCGAUCUUCAGAUCAUGAAAGCAUUCCGCAGCCUGUACCGCGCGAUCUUAGCCAAGCUCAUGGGCUUGUAUGAAGAAGACCGGAACAAGUUGUUCAAGAAGCUCUUCGCCAGGGCAGCGAAGCAAACCGCAAAGAUGAGACAGGUGGAGCGCGACUCCAUGGCCUGUUUCCUAUUGCGAUUGACUUUGUCAGAACUCUGGAUCCACCGCAAGCAGCUACAGACAGCCUUCUCAGAGACGGAACUGGCUGCUUGUCGCGAAAAGGUAUUCAACUUUGUGUUGGCGGACAUGAAAUUCGUCAAAGACCAGUGCCGGAAGCAGAUGAUGGAUGAGACUAUUACUCUCAUCAAGACCAUCGAUGCCCUGGAAGAUUUCGAAGAUCUCACCACCAACAACAUCGAAGUUGAGAAGUUCUUGUCCAAGAUCGAGAAUUACAUGGAAAAGACCGUCGAUUCCGGACCAUCGCGAUUAAUCCGACGCCGUCUUCUUGCCACCAAUGGACCCGAGAAGAACAUCACUCAGCCAGUCCUCCAAUGCGCCGAGACUCUUUCUCUCCAGUCCCUCUACGCCGAAGACCAACAGCUCUUCAUCCGUACCACAACCGAACACUUCCGCUCGAUGCCCGCAGAGAAAAUCACCCAAACAAUCAGCGAAGUCCGAGGACUUGGCCUCACCGGUCCAAACGCCAGCUACCGCCUCCUCGUCCUAUACCUCGCCGUUUCCACCCUCCCAGCCAUCGAAGACAAGAAAAGCGCCACAGCCCGCGAGAUCUCCCUCCUCUGCACAUCCCUCGCGGAAGCCCUCCCCCAAAGCACAAGCAUCGACCACUUCUGCUUCGUCAGCGAAACCCUCGACCUCCUCCUCCGCACCCACACCCGCACCCUAACCCAAAGCAACAUCGACAACAUCCUCGCCGCAAUCGCCAGCGCCUCCUCCAAGACCGGCCCAACCAUAUCCCCCACCUACGCACCAACAAUCUUCACCCGCCUCUGUCGCCUCCUCGGCGUCAUCCUCAGCCUCCAACGCCUCAAAAUCGGCGGCCGCUUCCACCUCCUCGUAAAAGCCAUGCAGCGCCUCCUAGCCUGUCUAUUCGCGCGCUCCCGCAAACGCGGCCGCACAGCCCGCUCCUCCCCAUCCCUCUCGCAACCCUUCUGGCUCGCGCCCCUGGAUGCCUCCCACGCAACCCACUACACGCGUCUGCUGACCUCGCUCUGCGAUCCGACCGUCUCGGCCGUGCUGAGGCAGCAGGCUGGUGCGUCGCGUGAGGCCCUGACCGACCAGACGAAGAAGGCGAAGCGCAUUGCGGGUCAGUAUUUGCAGUAUGUUGUUAUGGAGUAUGCAAGGUGUUCGUUGCUGGGCUCGUUGUCGCCGGAGGUUAAGGCGGCUGUUAUGCCGGGUCUUUAUGCCGCGCUGGAUGUUAUGUCGAGGGAGUCUAUGCGCGCGCUUAAUGCUGCGUUGGAUGUUUCUGGUCGGGCUGUGUUUAAGGGUCUUUAUGAUGACUAUUUGAAGUUCGGGAAGUGGAAUAUGGCUUGA